AUGAACCGAGGCGACGGACGCGGCAGAUUUCUCCCGAGUAACCGGCAACCACGCCAAGGAGCAUCUUCUGGCGUCCUUCUUCGUGCGUCUCAUCACCAUACUCCCUCUCAUUACACCCUUCCGCCCUACUCAACCCCUCUGUCACCCCACCUCUCCCCCUCGCAGCAGCAACCAAGCCAAGGAGCAUCUACUCGCGCCCUUCUUCGUGCAUCUCAUCACCGUGCUCCCUCUUUUCUCCCAUCCUUCCCCUUCGCUUCCGCCCACCCACCCAACCCUCGAACCUCCCUUUUUCUCACAGCAACCACGCCAAGGAGCAUCUACUCGCGUCCUUCUUCGUGCAUCUCAUCUCAUCACCAAAUCCCAUGUGGUGCACUUCUUUCCGCUCCCCUCUCCCCCCCUCCUCCCCCCACCUCCCCUCGCAGCAACCACGCCAAGGAGCAUCUACUCGCGUCCUUCUUCGUGCAUCUCAAGCGCACGCGCCUUGCCAAGUUCGUUGCAUGCUUCCCCAACCUCAGCAACUGGAUCCUCCUCUCCGGACCUCACGGCAGCGAGGUGUAUCAGGACACGCUAGUGAGGGCCAUCGCCAGGAAGCUCAACGCGCGCCUCAUUGCUGUUGAUGCUGACAAGUUCCUCUCGCCUGCGGACAUGUCAUCGGUGCCAAAGAGGAGGCCAGCAGCAGACAAGCCGCGCGACUCUCUUGACUCCGCAGGCCUCUCCGACUCGCUCGACUCGCCUCUCGUAAGCUCCUCUCCUCUCGGUGCCCCCCUCUCUGCCCCCCCCUUGCCCCCCUCCCUGGCCACUUCCCGCCCCCUUCCUCUCCCCUCCCUGCCUUGCUUCUCCCUGCCUCGCCCCUCCCUGCAUCCCUCCCUGGUCCCUCCCUGGACCCUCCCUGUCCCGGCCUUCCCUGCCUUGGCCCGUCCCUCCACCCCCGCCCCUCCGCAUCCGUUUUUCCGCUCCAUUCCCCUUGUGCUGCUGUUUCUAGUCCUCGUCUCCCUUGCUUCGCGGCCCUUUUUUCGUCGCUCCACGCGCUCACCCCAUUCACACGCUGUCUACCAAAGUCGCCCCUUCCCCCCUCCUGCCCUUCCAUCACCCCUCACGCCCUUCCAUCACCCCUCACGCCCUUCCAUCACCCCAACCGCCCUCCCGCCCUUCCAUCACCCCUCCCACCCUCCUCCGCAGUAUGCGAGUUUGGCGAAGCAUCUGGUGGCGAUGGCAGGGUGGCUGUGGGGUGUGCAACUUUUGAAAUUUCUCAAAGGCCUUUCUCCCCCUCUUUCCACUACCUUCCUCCACACCCCCCCCCUCUCCCCCGUCACCCUCGCUCUUCCUCCUGCAGUAUGCGAGCUUGGCAAAGCAUCUGGUGGCCAUGGCAGCAAUGAUGGCUGUAGGAGUGGCAGUGGGGAACACACGAUGCACACCCUUUACCUGUCCCACCUCUUCCCGUCCUCCCCCCCCGUCCCGCCUUGCUCCCCUCGCCUCUCACCCUUGCAGUAUGCGAGUUUGGCGAAGCAUCUGGUGGCGAUGGCAGCAAUGAUGGCCGUGGGGGUGGCAGUGGGGAACACUCUGGGUACAGGCAGCGGCAGGGGCACAGGAGGCACGGGGGCAGGCGGGGACAGCAACAGUGGCGCUUACUCUCAGAGCGGCGAGGGGGAGGGGGAGGGGCGGGGCGGCGGGGAUGACUACGGGUUUGGAAGUGGGGGAGGGGAGGAGGAUGGGGCGACCAGGGCGCUGAGAGUGGGUACGUGUUUGGGUGGGGAGCGGUGGAAGGGGAGUCAGAGUGGUGGUGGAGCUUUGCUAUCUGCCCCCCAGGGGAGCAACGGGGCAGGUGGUGGCAACAUACGAGACGGUGGUCGCCCCCCUCGCGGAGCAACAGGGCAGGUGGUGGCGACGUAUGAGACGGUGGGGGUGCGCUUUGACUCGCCCGUGCCGGGAGGGCACUCCCUCAGCGGCCUCUGUGACGGGGGGCACGGCCACAUCUGCUAUGCAUCUGAGCUGCUAUUGGAGGAAUCAUCCAGCAGUGUGAAGGAGUGUGCAGCCACCGUGGCUCUCAUGCAGGUGCUGGAGAAGGAGCUGCCACGUGGACCUAUCAUUGUCUUCAUCCGCGACGCAUCCCGAUUGGCCGAGGCCUCCUCGAGUGCCGCCCAGUUUGAGUCCCAAAUGAGUCGGCUGGUGGGGCCCAUCGUCUUUGUCGGCUCUGUUGCUCGCUCCGAAUCCUCCUCUGCCGCGGCUGCGAAAGAUGCGGAUGCAGCAGAGGGGGCGGCAGGGGGGGCGGCAGCAGCUGUCGGGCCUGCCAGCACGGCUUGGGAGCCGCUCAGCGACAUGUUUCCGAACCGCUUUGUGGUUCGGCAGCCCAGGGCAGGUCCGGCGGCGGAGGUUUGGGCGAAGCUGAUGGAGAGAGACGCGCAGCUCAUGCAGAUGCUGGCCAACCGGCGCAUGCUGGAGAAGGUCAUGGCAACCAACGACCUCACCUGCUCGGACCUGGACGAAGUCACUUUCGCCGAGCCGCUGUCAGAAGAAGAGGCGGAGCAGGUGGUGGGAUUGGCAGCAGCACACGCCAUCAUGCAGGGCGCAGCAGAGGGGGGGAAGGGAGGAGCUGAGGAGGCGGGCACAGGAGAGAACGAGAGAAAGGCGAAGGCAAAGGAGGGGGAGGCGGAAAAGGGGAAGGACGAGGAGAGGAAGCAGGGGGAGGGGGAGAGGGAAGGGAAGGAGAGGGGUAUGGAGGAAGGGGAGGAGGAGAAAGAGGUGGAUGAGGGAGAGAGCGACGGAGGCGAGCUUGGGAUCUCAGCCAAGAGCAUAAUGCACGGCAUAGCGCUACACAGGGGGCUGCAGGAGGAGGCAGCAGAGGUGAAGGCCCCCCCCGCUGCUGCCAAGAAGAUCACGUCAGCCAACAAGUUCGAAGAGCGGCUACUAGCAGAGGUGGUACCACCAGACGAAGUCGGUGUCACGUUCAGCCAGAUCGGAGCCUUAGAAGCCGUGAAGGACACUCUGAAGGAGCUCGUCAUGCUGCCGCUCAGGCGGCCAGAGCUGUUCACGCGCGGGCAGCUGACGCGGCCGUGCAAGGGCAUUCUGCUGUUCGGCCCGCCCGGCACCGGCAAGACCAUGCUGGCCAAGGCCGUGGCCACCGAGGCCGGGGCGAGCUUCAUCAACAUCUCCAUGAGCGCCGUGCUGCACAAGUGGCUGGGCGAGGCGGAGAAGUCAGUGAAAGCAAUCUUCUCGGUGGCCAGUAAGAUGGCGCCAGCUGUCGUGUUUGUGGAUGAGGUGGACAGCCUGCUGGGGCGGCGAGGGCAGUGGGGGGAGCACGAGGCGAUGCGCAAGGUGAAGAACGAGUUCAUGGCGUGCUGGGAUGGGCUGCGCACGCGGGCACAUGAACGGGUGCUUGUGUUGGCGGCCACCAACCGGCCGUUCGAUCUUGACGACGCCAUCAUCCGACGGUUCCCACGACGGCUGAUGGUGGACCUACCAGAUGCGGACAACAGGGAGAAGAUCGUUAGGGUGAUUCUAAAGGACGAGGAGGUGGAGGAGGGGUUUGACUAUAAGGAGCUCGCUGCCAUGACCGAGGGGUACUCUGGGAGUGACCUCAAGAACCUGUGUGUGACGGCGGCGUAUCAGCCCAUCAAGGAGAUUCUCAAACAAGAGGAGGUGGAGAAGAAGAGGCUGCAGCUGGAGGAAGCUUCCAAGAAGGCGGACAGAUCAACUGCAGCAGCAGCAGGAGCGGUGCCACCACCACCACCCGCUGCUGCUGCUGGGAGCACACCUGCUGAUGCCGCUGCAGCAACAGCAGCAGACAAGGAGAGUGGCGAGGUUAGUGUGCGUGGGGUGCAGCAGCGCGAGCAGCAGGGCGUGCAGACAGGCGUGUCAGGGCGUGCUCAAGUGGAGGGUGGUUCUGUGGUGUCAGGCAAUGGUUUGACCCCGGGACAAGGUGCAGAGAACGGUGAUGGGGUGGGCGGCACUGAGGUGGGCGGCAGUGAGGUGGGCGGCAGUGAGGUGGGCGGCAGUGAGGUGGGCGGCAGUGAGGUGGGCGGCAGUGAGGUGGGCGGCAGUGAGGUGGGCGGCAAGCAGGUUCUGUUCAUUGAGGGCGAUGAGGCUGGGGAGAAGAGCUGCUUGGAGGUUGCUUGUAAUGGGGAUGCUUCUAACGAGAAAGUGUGCGGGUGUGAAGACAAGCAGGAAACAGGAAUGGACGGGAAUGGGAGAAGAGGAGGGAGAGGAGGAGAGGAGGGUGUGAGUGUGAAGGGUUGUGAGAAUGGCGGUGUUGCUGUGAAGGUGGGAGAGGAGCGGGUUGUUGCAGUGAAGGAAGGCGAAGGUGGACUGUGCGUUGGAGAGGUGAUCAUAAUGAAUGGCACUGUACCGAGUUCCGCUCUAGUAGACGGUGCUUUAGCGAGUGACUGUUCGAUGAAUGGCAUUUCGGAGAGUGUGACUGCAGGUGGUGUGAGUGAAGAGGAUGUGAUCUGCAGAAAAGAUGCCAGGUCAGCUGAGGCUGGGAGCGACAGGGACAGAGGGAAUGAGAGGGCUGCAGGGGAUGAUAGUGCUGCGACCGCAGAGGGCAGUUUGGUUGCUGGGGACAAAGCAAUUGCAGGGGAGAGUGAAAGGGAAGGGGUUGCGGAAGGGAAAGAGGCUGCAACUGCAACUGCAGAAUCACAAGGCAAAGUGGCAGGUUCAUUGUCCAGUUUACGAGAUAACGAGGACGGAGGAGGUGAGAAGGGGCGGAGUGAGAAGGUGGAGGGAAGGGAGGGAGAAGCCGAGGAGGCAGCAAAGGAAGCUGCAAAAGAGGCAGCAGAAGAAGCGGCAGACGAGGCAGCAGAGGAGGCGCUAGUGAGGGGCAUCGUGGAGGACAUUUUGAGGCGCGGCGCUGAUGACAGCACCAACCCCUCCCCUGCUGACCUGUGCGCUGACAUGGCAGCUGCGCUGGAGAUGGUCAAGGAGAUCACAUGUGAGGACGACACGUCAGCAACAGAUGCCGGGGAGAAGGGAGGUAGUUCUAUCACAGAGGCUAGAGAAGGUGUGGGUAAAUCAGAAGGUGAAGCAGAGCGGAGAGACGGGGAAGGCGGUCCAGGGGGCACUGAAAACGACACUCAGAGCCAAGACCAGCAGCAGUCACAAGCACCGGAUUCCGCCACUUCUCUCCCUCGCCCUCGCAGCGUCUCGCUCCUCCAAUUAGCCGAGGACAGCUGGCGGGAGCGCACUGGUGUAGGCCUGUCGGGGCUGGGCAAGGCAGGAGUAGGCGGGGCUGCUGGCAGCGGCGGCAGCGGUGGUGGUGGCGGUGGUAACCGCGUGUUACGGCUGCGGCCAAUCACGAUGGCGGACAUGCGGGCGGCGAAGCAGCAGGUGGCGCCGAGCACGGCGGGGGACAGCAGCAGCAUGGCGGAGCUCAGGCAGUGGAACGACCUCUAUGGGGAGGGCGGCUCACGCAAGAAGGAAAAACUCACCUACUUCCUCUGA